AAUAGAUUAACUACUACUGUAGAACUUCCAACUGAAUUUGUCCAUCUAUACAUAUCAAAAUGUAUUGUUGCAUGUGUAACUAUUAAGGAUCAAUAUAUGCAAAACCGAUUAGUUCGUUUAGUGUGUGUUUUCUUGCAAGCUCUCUUUAGAAAUAAAAUAAUAAAUGUUCAGGAAUUAUUUAUUGAAGUUCAAGCCUUUUGUAUUGAUUUUAUUGAAAUUCGAGAAGCAUCAGCUCUGUUUCGUUUUUUAGAACUACUAGAAACAGGAGAUACUUGCAGUAUUGGUAAUAUAGCUGCUGCCGAUGGUAUGACACCUAGUACAAUUGCUGCUGCUAAGGAUAAGGAUCAAGAUAAAAUAGUUCCAAAGGAAAAAUAG